AUGCUUUUCAUACGUCUUUUACUCUUUUUCGGCUUGUCGGCCCUGCUGGAGGCUGCCCCUACGCCUCAGGCUAGAACGGCUGCUGCAUCGUCUGGCUUUUGGAUGGCCAAUAUUGAGCGACAGGGCACCGUGGCUUUUGGCAACUCGUCUAGUUAUCAGGUCUUUCGAAAUGUCAAGGACUUUGGCGCCAAAGGUGAUGGAUCAACGGAUGACACAGCUGCGAUCAACAGUGCUAUCUCUUCAGACAAUCGAUGCGGCCUGGGCUGCGACUCAUCAACUACCACCCCUGCCAUUGUCUACUUCCCGCCUGGGACCUAUGUAGUCUCGAAGCCGAUUGUUCAGUACUAUUACACUCAGCUCAUCGGCGAUGCUACUGAUAUGCCCGUGUUGAAGGCUGCGAGCGGCUUUAGUGGCAUGGCUGUGAUCGAUUCCGACCCCUACACAGACACAGGUGCUAACUGGUACACAAACCAGAACAACUUUUUCCGCCAGGUGCGAAACUUUGUCAUUGAUCUUACUGCCAUGCCGCAAAGCUCUGGUGCUGGUAUUCAUUGGCAAGUAGGACAAGCUACAAGUCUUCAGAAUAUUCGUUUUGAGAUGGUCAAAGGAGGCGGUGAUGCCAACAAACAAGAGGGUAUCUUCAUGGAUAACGGCUCUGGUGGCUUCAUGAGCGACUUGACCUUCAAUGGUGGCAACUAUGGCAUGUUCUUAGGCAACCAGCAGUUCACUACUCGCAAUCUAACCUUCAACGGAUGCAACACGGCCAUUUUCAUGAACUGGAACUGGGCCUGGACUUUCAAGUCCGUGACCGUCAAUGAUUGUGCCGUUGCCUUGAACAUGUCCAACAGUCCUUCAAAUCAGACCGUUGGCUCCGUUCUCAUGUUGGAUAGCACGCUUUCAACGACCAGCCAAGCCAUCGUAACUGCCUGGACCGAAUCCAGUAUUCCCAUUGGUGGCGGUGACUUGAUUUUGGAUAACGUGGAUUUCACUGGCUCUAGUAUUGCUGUUGCUGGCAUCGACGGUAAUACCAUCUUGGCUGGCGGCUCUGUCGUCGAGUCGUGGGUACAGGGGAACACCUACACGAGCGGUUCAACCACAACCAAGCGCGAUCUCGAGUCUGCAGUUCGUGAUGAAGAGGACGACAUUUGCCCGACGGCCGAGAUCGUGACCGUCACCGUUUACGAAACUGCCUCUGCUCAUACCCAGCCAAACACGCUGGCGACUGCCGCUGCUUCGAGUACCUCUGUCGCUGCUCGUGUCAAUUCCGUCGGAUCAGGCUCUUCGUCUUCGGGAUCACCCACCUCAGUUGCAGGAUCUUCUGCUUCCAGCGUUAAGCCCUCACAAGUCUCCACAAGUUCAUCGGUAUCAUCUUCAUCCUCUGGCAGAGUUUCUCAGUCUGCAGUAGCUUCCGCGUCGGGGAGCACUUGUGCGGCAUCGUCUGUUACAAAAAGCCGUGCUCAAGGUACCAGGGCUGCGUCUAGUAAGCCUUCAGUCCUUGUAGAAAGCUCUGGCAAGGUCUUUGAGCGUUCUAAGCCGCAAUAUGAGUCGGUUCCUGCGUCAUCCUUCGUUAGCGUCAAGUCUGCUGGUGCUAAAGGUGACGGUAGCACUGAUGACACCGCAGCACUUCAAAAAGUGUUGGACGGCGCUACUGCUGACCAAAUUAUCUAUUUCGACCAUGGUGCUUAUAUCAUCACCUCGACUCUCAAGGUUCCCAAGAAUAUCAAGAUUGUGGGCGAGAUAUGGCCGCUUCUGAUGGCGUCCGGUGACGCUUUCUCAGACCAGAACAACCCAAUUCCCAUGCUUCAGAUCGGAGAAGCAGGUGACACUGGAGAUGUUGAAAUUCAAGAUCUGAUUCUUGAGACAAAGGGACCUGCCCCAGGUGCUAUUCUCAUGGAAUGGAAUGUCGCUGGCUCAUCUCAAGGCUCCGCCGCAAUGUGGGAUGUACACUUCCGUGUUGGAGGUUCUGCUGGUACAGACCUUCAGAGUAACACGUGCUCCAAGAAUCCUACUGCCACACAUGGGGCUAACAAUGCCUGCGAGGGCGCAUUCAUGCUCUUCCACGCGACACAGAGUGCCAGCGCAUACGUUGAGAACUGCUGGUUCUGGGUUGCCGAUCAUGAACUUGAUCUUGCUGACCAUAACCAGAUUGACAUCUACAACGGGCGUGGAGUGCUCAUCGAGAGCCAGAACGCUGUCUGGAUGUAUGGCACCGCAUCUGAACACAGUCAACUGUAUGAAUACCAAGUCAGCAACGCUAAGAACGUCUUUAUGGCUCUCAUCCAGACUGAAACACCUUAUUGGCAAUCCAACCCUACUGCUCUUACUCCUUUCACACCUCAAACCAGCUUCGCCGAUCCAGACUUUUCGAAAUGCACAACCGACAGCUGUCGCAAAGCCUGGGGUCUGCGUGUGCUCUCGUCUUCGGACGUUCUGGUGUAUGGAGCCGGUCUAUACAGUUUCUUCGAGAACUAUGAGCAAACCUGUCUCACAACGGAAUCCUGCCAGCAAAACAUUGUUCAACUCGACUGCUCAAGCGUAUCUCUGUAUGGUCUCAGCACAAAGGCGAGCACGAACAUGGUGACGUCGACGGAUGGCACGGCUCUUGCGUUGCAGGAAGACAACACCAGUUCGUAUGCUUCGACAAUCGCGCUUUUCGAGCAAUAG